AAACAGGAUGUUAUGCGUGCUUUCUCAGCCGGAAGUUUUGAUUACAAAGUUGUCUCUGGAGCAGACAUUCAUUUCCUCAUUGAAAAACAAUGAAUAUAUUUUUUGAAUUUUUCGAUUAAAUCUGCAAAUGGCAAUGGUAACGAUAAAUACAUUUUGGUUUGAAAUCCAAGAUGUCUGCCGUCGUGACCGAGUUUGGAGUGCACGAAACGAAGCAUGAAAAAUCAAUUUUUUAACAUGGAGAAUGGAGAUGAUACAAUUACAGUUACCAUGACUGAAGAGGGCUAUCUGUCCAUGACGACCACACAAACAGAUGAGCAGGAUGAGCCAGCAGAGAAGCGACUGCGUCUGGAUCCGGACAGCGAGGCAGCACAGGAACUGGUAGCACAAGAUGGUGCACAAGACGUGCAAGUGCAGGAGGUCCAGAUCGCACAAGACUUUACAAAUGAAAUACCAGAGUCUGGUGAACAAGUGGUGUCCUCAGAGGGCAUUGUUUAUGAAGAAGAAAAUAUUUCACAACAUGCAGCUCCAUCCUAUCAGAAUUUGAUAAUUCAACACAUGGACAUAGCAGAGCCCUUGUCUACACUAAAGUCACUGCUGGAGCUGAGGCUACAGUGUACACUCAGUGACCAUCAGUUCUACCUUCAGGACACAAUAGAGUUGGACACCAGUAAGAGCUUGGUGGAGCAAUGUGUUCAAGGAGAGGGAAUGGUACAGAUCAACCUGGAAGUCAAAUCUCAGCCAGGUGUUAAACCCAAGAUAAACAUUGUUGACAUAUUGAAGCCAGCAGAUGAAGUGGAAGCUCAGCAGAUAGAACAAGAGACAGUCCCUGUACCUCAGCCAGCUCCAGCAACACACACCAAAACUCAACAGAAAGUGGUCAUUCCUCUCCCUGAGGAGUCAGAGAAUGUCACACGAUGGAUUGUUGAUCAGCACUUCAGACGAGAACAGGAUCGACUCAAAAUACCCUUCGAUCCUGUCCAGUGGAAUGAGAUACAUGUUAAACACUGGAUAGACUGGGCCAUCAAAGAAUUCAAACUCGUCGGGGUCAAUCCAAACAACUUCAAAAUCUCGGGGAAACAGCUGUGUGAAUUAACUCACCCCGAGUUUGUGAAGCUGAUUCCUAACGACAAGGGAGACAUCUUCUGGACCCACUUGGAACUCCUUAGGAAGUGUAAAUUUGUGGCUGUAAUGCAGACACCAACUCCUCAUGCUAUUACAACUAUCACAGUCUCAACUUCAGGACAAGAUGGUAGAGCUAAGCAGUACAAACAGAAUCGUCCAAGAUCUCCCAGAAUUACAGGGGAUGAGAGGUUGUCACCAGGAAAUAGAACAGGAAACAAUGGUCAGAUACAGCUGUGGCAGUUCCUGCUGGAUUUACUGACUGACAAGGACUGUAGGGAGGUGAUUCAGUGGAUAGGAGAGGAGGGAGAGUUCAAACUGAACAACCCCGAAAUGGUGGCUCAGAUGUGGGGACAGAGGAAAAACAAGCCCACCAUGAACUACGAGAAACUCAGCAGGGCACUGCGAUACUACUACGAUGGAGACAUGAUUGCGAAGGUGCAUGGAAAGAGAUUUGUGUACAAAUUUGUGUGUGACUUGAAAAUGUUAUUAGGGUACUCAGCCGGUGAGCUCAAUAGACUCGUUACUCACUGUGCAGAGCGAAAACUCCAGAGGGUGCGAGAGUCGCUGCGCCCCGGAGUCACAAAGAGGCUGGAUCAUCAUAAGCCGACCAUUCUCACAACGACACAGGUGGUACAGACAAUGGAAUAGAUUCCACAAAGGGAUUUAUCUGUGAUUGCUGCAUAUUUAUCUCCAUCAGGGUUGACCAAAACUAUUAUAUAUAUGCAACAUUAUUAUCACAUUUGUUGAAUUUACAAAAGUCUAAGUAAUUUUUUUUUUCAUUUGUUUGUACCAAAUAUUUUUUUCCAUCCUGGUUCACGACAAAAGUGCCUACGGUAAUUCUUUUAUACAUGAACUGUUCACUGGUGUUCAUUUCCAUGGAAGCUUUAUUGAUUUUUAUUUGAAUUCUGUGCAUCAUUUGAAGUUUUGCUUUUGAAUACCAUGUAAAUUUUCUUAAAUUUUUGUGUGUCCAAUUUUGGUUGUUAACCUAAAAAAAUUACAUAUUUUGAUAAAUUGAAAAUUAAACGUUUGUUUAUACUUGUAUCAUUAGCAGUAACACUUUAUGUUAAAUUCUAAUUUUUGUUUUGGCAUGCAUUUCUACCCUGUUGGAAGAUGUUUGAAUUCAUAUGUUUUAUUAUGUAUCUCAUCUGAGUUCUUUGCUCAAAAUGACUUGAUUAAAACUUUGUGUGUUGAUAUUUUUUAUAAUUAUCAUAACAUGUAUGAGACUUGUUUAUUUUAAUUUGUAAAUAAUCAUCAAGCAUUUUAUUGAAUGUACAUAGAUCCGACCCAUCAUUUACAUUGUGCGAUAGUGGUUUCGGUUGCCCUUCAUUACACUUUUUGUACUAUUAUGAUGUGAUGUAUCAUCACAUUUAAAUUGAUGUCACCACACAUUUCACUUCUCUACCAAAGCAUCCAGAAAGUAACACAUUCAAAAUUUAAAUGUUUUAAGUUUUUUGUUGAUAUCCUCAUUCCAGUUUUAUUUAUUUUUCAAUCAAUCAACAUUUUUAUGUUCUCAAAGUAGCCUUGCAAGGAGAAGUUCCGAAUCAGAUUAUUUUCCCUUAAAAUAAUUAACUUAUGACUGAAUAAUGAUGUACAGUAUAUAUUUGCCUCUGUUUCUCAAAUUUAAGCUUUAAAAGCAUCACUGUAGCACUGAUAAAUUGUUUGAUUUUUAUUUUUGGAGGUUUUUUUUUUCUUUGGUAUAAAAGCUAAAAAAUAAUGCUGUGACUUUAUUUGAAAGACUUUUAUCCCUUCAAUAAUUCUUUAAAUUUUGGAUCUACCUCAAUUACCUGUGGUAAAGAAGUAUUCAUUGAUGAAAAAGAUACAUAAGUCAUUCAUUAUCUGUGAAUGUAAUGAUGCACAGUAGGUUAUUUAUUCGGUGCAAAUACAUAUACUUACAUUGUAUAUUGAGUUAUCUACCUUGUAUCAUCAUUGCUUUGAAAUUUGUGUAUGUUUUCCUUAAGUACUUGAAUCAGUGCUGGGAUUUUUUAUAUACUGUAACUCAUAUGAUUAUAUGCUAUAUGGAAAAGCAUCUACAGAAAUGUGCCCUGUUCUAAUUUACAAACUGGUGUAAUUAUUUAAAUUGGAUGGAGAAAGAAAGGGGGUGUAAAAUGGGUUGUCCAUAUUCUUCACUUAAACUGUGAUGUCUAUUCUCUCUCUCUCUCUCUUUGGUUUCAUAUUUUCAGACAGCAACUCCAUUCAGAGAGAGAGAAACUUGUUGUUCUGUAUUAACUGUAAGGUGUAUAUACAUGUACAUAAUGUUAUAUUUUAUAAUCAUUUUUUUUUCACGUCAGUACCAUAUAUUUUACACUUUAUUUGCAGUUGUAAAUAGAAACGAUCAAAGAAAAAAAAAAACAUUAAAAAUUAAAAAAUUGUAAUAUGAA